ACGGCCAAAUAAACUUUGCUGUUAAUUUAUCUCCCUUGUUUGUGAUUCAUGCCACUGGGCUCAAAUCUUGUUUUACUGAGCCAUUACAUUGUGUUCUUCUGCUUCUCUUCCUUGUCCUUCUGUCCAUCUUUUCUAAAUCACUAUUUCAGAUUCAGAGGGAGGCUGAGAAAGAAAACAAGAUCAGGGAUUCAGAGGGUGAGAAUGGAAAAGGGAAUUAUUAUGAAGAGAAGAAAGAUGGAGAAAGGAUUAAGUUUGACAAAAUAAGCAGAAGGGAGUGGGAAACAGAACAAAAGAGGAGAAAUUCUUUUCUACAUUUUCUACAAUAUUUGACAUGAUGGGAGAGAAAUGAGGAGGAGGUCCAGCUGCCUAACUCUUCCCUCUGCUGGAGGAGUCGUCCCGCCCCAGAGAAGUUCACAUCCAAACUCUCUUCUCACUCUCUCCUGUCUGUCUGCUGACCUACAACAGAGAGAAGACACAAGAAUAUUGAAGAGAUUGAAAAGGAGAAGACUUACAGCAAUUGUACAACUUUAAUAUACAGGCGGGCAUAAACAUCAAUCCUUUACAAAACUGUGGGUGGAUCAAGUGUACAAGGACUUUUUCACCAUUUCAUUGUCUUCACCAGAGCUCUACCUACUAUUCAUUCAUCCUUUUCAACCAAUGGAGAGUCCUCUUGCCAACAUCAGCUCCACUCCCAGCACUGAGUCCCUCCUGCCCCUCCUGACUCCUGACCUGACUAACUGCAGUGCCUGGAGCCAGCGGUGGGGGGCGCCACACUUGCACAGGUUAGCCCACCUGGAUGUGCAGCUGUACCAAGACUUCUAUGCUGUGUGGGUCUCUCUUAUGGUGUGUAACUGUGUGAUGCUGGUGGUCGGCGUGGUCCUCAACAGUUUGGCUCUCUAUAUUUUCUGCGGGACCUCAACCCACUCCUCUGCCUCUGUGAUUUACACCAUAAACCUGGCUGUAGCUGACCUGCUGGUGGCGCUGUCGCUGCCCGCUCGCAUUGCCCUGUACCACAGUGGAGGGAGCUGUGUGGCUUGCUCUUACGUUCACACCUUUAGCUACUUUGUCAACAUGUACUGUAGUAUCCUGUUUCUGACCAGUAUCUGUAUAGAUCGGUACCUUGCGGUUGUCCAUGCAUCCAGCACUCUCCAUCGAUGGAGGACCCCAGGAGCAGCCAAGUGUGUCAGCGCCACCGUGUGGUUCAUUGCAGUGGUGGUCACCUACUCUUUCCAGACCACGGCAUUGGAGUUCAGCUCUUCCUGUGUGCUCCUCCCUGCCCUCUUCUAUCUAACCAUCCUGGAGUUCCUCCUCCCCCUUCUCGCUGUGGUGGGCUUCACCCUGCGCGUCGCCUGUUUUCUUUCCUCCAGCCAUGGCCUGAUGCCCCAGCAGAGCAGGGCGAGGAGGGCUCGCGCCAUCAGGCUUUUGGCCACCGUUCUCGUGGUCUUCACUGUUUGUUUCACGCCCUUCCACAUCCGCCAGGUGCUAGUUUACUUCCGGGUCAAAGUCGGAGAGGAGGUGCUAGGACAGGGGGCGGGGCAUGUGCUCGCCUAUCACAUCACAGUGACCCUGAGCAGCCUCAACAGCUGCCUGGACCCAGUGGUUUACUGCUUUGUGACGGACAGCUUCAAGAGAGUGUGGAGGACGCGGAGGAGGGGAGGGAGGGAGGGGGACGGGGAGGCCGGGCAUACAAGUGGGGUAGAAGGGGAGAGGAACUCUGUGAAUAAAUGUCCAGGUACGGCACUGGCGAUAGCUCACAGUGUGGCCACUCUCACUCUCACCAGUUCACCUAUAUCUACAGUUAACCAGUCUACUUAGACAGGUGGCCUCGCCUUGACCUGUGGAUGGAAAAUUACAGAGACACUGAAGGAUCUAACUCAAGAGUGACGGAUAAACGGGGGAAAAAUAACAGAUAAACAGAAAUAAACACUGCAAAUCUCUCUUUAAGAUGAGAAAAACAAACCACUUCAUGAGCAACACGUCUGGCUGUGUCCCUCCAUCCAUCCUCAUCACUUUAUCUCUAUAUGUUUUCACUCUGACCUUGUUGUCCUGAGACUGAUACUGGCCACAAAGAGGUCUGCUGUGAAACUGAUGAACUUGUAGUAAGGGAGAUAUCACAUGCUUCAUUAAAUUGUGAUGUCGAGGUGUAAUUCAUGACUUAGGGGUUGUCUUAUUUGAUUUUUUUUGUAAUAAUUUAGGGGAUAUUCACUGUUAUUAAAGUUAUACCACAUAACUACAAAGCUGCAAUAAUCUCCCUACGUUUCCUGUCUGUAUCUUCACUGCAACCCAUCCAAUAAAGGUGAAAAUGCCAAAAUGCAAAAGCAGUAUUUAGUUUGAACAAUGUCUGGUGGCCAAAUGACUGUUUAAAUGGAAACAGUUUUGUUCUGUUCAGUUCUACCAUUUCUGUCCCUGUGCUUGCUGUGCAAAACCAAAAAAAAAAAAAAAAAGAAGAUGACGUCAACAGCAUUAAAAUGCAGAAUGACAUAAAGAAUGAGUGAGAGAGCAAAGCAGUGGGACAGAGUCUGGAGUCAACACACUAAAUAAGCUGGAAGCAAAGUACUCUUCAGAUGUAUAAACACUUGUAACAGUCUCUCAACUGCAUAGUUUAGCUCUCUUUAAUGCUUUUGUUUAUCAUUUUACAAGUGUCUAAAUGGAAGAGUGUCGUCAGUGUCAUACAGAAAACUUACAUCUCCAACUGUAAUGGAAAUUAUGAAAACAGAAAGUGCAAUUUGAGUUUCAACAAAUGUUCUAUUAUAUUUUUCUGACAUGAGACAGCAACAUUCAGAGUACAGUAGGCAACUUAAAACACUUUCUGUAGACUGUAGUUAAAGAGAAUUGUGCUCUUUUAUUAUUUUGUCUAUCUGUGUAAUUUGGGAAACAUUGAACUAAGUCAAAGGACUGAAAAAAAUCUGAGUGACUGUGAACUGCUGUAUUUCCCCUAAAUUGCUUGUUUAUAGCACUUCUUUACAAUUUAUUGUAUCUGUUGUUUUUCUUUGAGUUUAUGUUGUAUUUGUUAAAUGUCUAUGUACAUAAGUGUAUUUGCAGUAGUACAUGUACUGGUGUUUCUGCAGCUAUUCAAAUAUACUCGAUUACUUUUAAUUAUGGGAUCAAUUAAUUGAAAUAUGCAUGGGUCAGAGUCAGUUUGAUUUGCUCCACUAGAGGACAGUGUCUCACCACAGCAGCAGGUUGUAGUGUCUGAAUUGAGUUGGUACACUGAUUCACAAUGAACUGCAGCAUCAAAAGUAAUGAAAACAGUACAGUGAUGACAAACUGGAUGUUAAUUAUAUAAUUUAUGUGAUCAGGCACAUAACUGCAGCUCUAAUACAGUUAGAUAUAAGAAGGUGAAUUUGUGUGAUCUAUGUAUGUGUUUGUCAUUAUAUCUGCUCUGUAAAACUUCAAAACUUCUCAACAUUUCAUCUAAUGUAUUGCCAUACAUGGACCUCAGUUGCAUUGAUUUAAAAUAAGAUGUGGUAAAUCUGUUCAAAAGAGGGUGCUCUCAACAUAGUUUUAUUUUACUGAUUAAAACUAAGAGAAGUGUCA